ACGGUCACCAUGUGCGUCUGCACUUUGCAAGCCGUGCAUCGCAUUUGAGGGCACUCGCUUCAGUUUCACGUGUGGUGUACUUUACUGUUUAUCUACCUGACAAGCAUCAAACGUCCAAUGAUAAUUGAACUCGCAGAUAAUGUGCGGUACCGUGCGUCGUUACCACUGGUUAUGAAAACGGCGCGAUCUCCGUGAACUGCAGGGGAAGAUCGCAUCCUCGCAAUAGGACGCGAAGAUUCUGGAAUACGACAAUCAGGAACCAUAAUCAUGGCUAGGGCGAUUUCAAGGAUUCCCGCACUUUUAAGCCGGUGCUGCGCACCCGCUUGGGGAGUGAGUACCACGCGCUUCGCUCAAUGCUUACCGAGCUUAAGAGACAACGUGACGCCGUUCGCUCUCCGAUCGUCUUGCACUGCAGCAGGCGCUCCGAAAACAACGAACGCUGUGGGUGAGAAAAACGACGAACACACUGCCCCCGUCGAACGCACCGAAAUGACAGUGGACGAUUUCAAGGAUCUCGUGACGAGUGAAGAGACGAGACGACGGAUUCACUUGAUCCUGCUCGAGUACGUGAGCUGUCGCGACACCGUGGGACGUGUGCCUUCUGUGUUGAGUGUUGAGGACAUGAAGGAGCUGCUCCGUAUCGGUUCUCCGUUGCGAAGAACGAAGUACUUCAACUACCUCUUCAAGACCGAGAUGUCGGAGCGCGCUAUUAGGCGACGCAAGGAGGAACUCAGAUUAAAGCGGAUCGCCGAGAAGGAAGAGAAGUUGAAGAAGGCCAUCGAAGAUGGCUCGAUUAAUCACAUCCAGUACGGUAUCGAAAACACCAUUUUCCUUUUCAUCCGGGAUCAGUCGAUGCACCAUUACUUCAACUACAGACAGGCCUAUGCUGCCAUGUUUGGGCAAACGCUGGUGUUUGACCUGGACUACGAGGAGGAAAUGACGCGUCGUGAGGUCAUCAAUGCCGCUGACCAGUUGCAAGAAGUGUACGCCGUAAAUAGGCUCUCUCCAGACCCAUUCAAUCUGGUGUUCUGUGGUCUUAAAGGCGAGCUAUACAGGAAUCAAUUGUACAAGGCCAUGCCCCACUUGGACAAACCGAACUGUCUUAUAACGGUCAGCGAGAAAAGCUACCUCGAUAUGUUCCCAAAGGAAAAGUUGGUUUACCUGACUCCCGAUGCAAGGCAGCCACUUCGCUACAGUGACGAUGCUAUCUACAUCAUAGGUGGUAUGGUUGACCUCGGCACUCAGCAGCCAUACUCUUUGGCUCGAGCGAAGAGACAAGGAAUCACUUUUGCCAAACUUCCUCUGGAUGAGUACUUGCCCUGGGGCCAGUCGGCUUCCAAGACGCUUGCUCUGAACCACAUCACCCGCAUACUUCUCGACAUGAAGGCCACCAGGAGUUGGAAUGAGGCGUUCAAGUCGAUCCCCCGAAGAAAGCUCAAGAGUGCUGAACAGCUCAAAGCAGAAGAACAGUUCCAGGCCACCAAAGAACACAGGAAGCAGAGGGUGAUGAAAAAGUUCAACUUGGACAAGGAAGCAAUAUUCAAGGGUUAAAUAUAUUGUAGAGAGAGCAGAAAAAUAAAUAGGUGCCCAGUA